AAUACCCUUAUUUUUCUUUAUUACACUUUUUGUCAUUAUAUUUUAUUUUUAUCAAAUCAUGGGUACCUUUUAUUAAAUCAAUUUAAAUUUCUUUACUCAAGUAUUUACUCCCACCAAAACAAUCGUCUCCUUCCUCGAAUCAGCUCUGUUACUUUCUUCCCCUGUUUUCAUAUUGAAAGGAUGGGCAAGAAGCGAGUGAUGUUGCCGGUGGAGGAAGUUGAUUUGACGGCAGUCAAGUAUGAACACGAAGCCAUACAAGGGGGUGUUUUUUCAAGGAUGGGCAACAAGCGAGUGAUGUUGCCGGUGGAGGAAGUUGAUUUGAUGGCAGUCAAGUAUGAAUACAAAGCCAUACAAGCUCCUCAUUUAACAGGGUUUGCAUUGAAGUUCUUCGUUUGGUUGCUUGAAGCUCCACUUGUAGGGUCCUUAAUCCUGUGUUUAUUGAAGAAGCAUAACAGAAUGAUUGAGGAAUUGUAGUGGACUGUGAUACCAGAAAAACCCAUGUUUAAACCUGAGUUCCCACCUCAAGGUUUUUCUUGUUCCUACAUUCGUGAUUCAUUUUUAUUUUUUAAAUUUAUAUUUUAUAUUGUUCAAUGACCUCAUCCCUGUACCAAUGCUGCUGAACACCAUACAACUUAUUGAAUGAAGUCUGAGGCUGAGCAUCAUUGGAAUUAUAGGCUUUUACUUCCACAACCCAUUCCCAUGAUGACCAGAACUGAUAUCUUCUCCUAAUCGAUAAAUGUUUCAAUGCCC